ACAGACACUAAAAUUUACCAUAUCUACAUCAAUAAAAAUGCCCAAACAUCAGUUAAACUACUGAAUCUAUCGAUGCAGCCUUCAAAUGAUCACUAAGUGCAAUCCAGAAUUACAAUUAGGGUAUCAUAUUUGGGGGAAGGGUCGAGCCUACACACCACAUUGAGCUUCAGCAUAACAUGGCUGAAAGCAUUUAGCCUGUUAACAAUGAGCAAGAUGGAAUCACAGCUUGUAUUCCAACCAAUUGUGGUGUAGUAAGUGUGUGUGUGGUCGCAGCUACUGCAAAUUCAGGUUUGUUUAGUCAAGUUGGCAAGUAGCCAGAUGGCUUUAUGGAUGUUGGUGGGUUGGUUCACCACUUUUGUUUGUUUUAAUGAAAUAUUCAUUCAGCUAUUGGAUGGAUUACCAUGACAUUUGCUGAAGACGUUCAUGUUCCCCAAAGGAUGGAACCUAAUGAUCUGAUGACUCCCACUAGUGGGGUGACAUUUCUGGCUUUUAUUGAAAUAUUUCAACAUAUACUGGAUGGAUCAACACAAACUUUGGUACAGACGUUCAUUAUGAAUGAUUAUCACUUCAGUACUUCCCUGGCACUUAAUCUAGAGCCAUCAUUUGUUAAAUACUUGGGUUUAUAUGUCAUCUCCUCCAAACCCAUGGCCGCCAUCCCUCCCACCUCCCUCAUCACCAGCAUGGAAGACAUCCGGAGCUGGAUGAGCAGGAACUUCCUGAAGCUUAAUGGCAAUAAAACUGAGGCCCUGCUCAUCGGCUCCAAAUUCACCCUCACCAAUUCACAACACAGUCCAGCCCCACCCAUCAUCAUCAACGGAUUCCCUGUACCCUUCUCCCCCCAAGUCAAGAGCCUCGGUGUCACUCUGGACAACACCCUCUCAUUUGCACCUCACAUUAAAAACAUCACAUGGACUGCCUUCUUCACCUCCGUAACAUCUCCAGACUCUGCCCAUCACUACCCCAAUCCAAAUCCUGGUUCAUUCGUUUGUCACUUCCCACAUCGACUACUGCAAUGCCCUCCUAACCGGACUCCGCGCCAAACUCAUCAACAGACUGCAAAUCAUCCAGAACUCAGCCGCCCGGAUUGCACCAAAUCAUCUGACCACAUCACCCCUAUUCUCAUCCAACUUCACUGGCUCCCAGUGCAAUUCCACAUCCACUUCAAAAACCUCCACAAAGCUCUCCACCAUCUAGCCCCCACUUACCUCUGCGACCUCCUCCACGAAUACAGCACCUCUCGCACCCUCCGCUCAAACUCUGCUGGACUGCUAACCAUCCCCACAUCACGCCUCAGUACCAUGGGUGCCUGAGCCUUCAGCUGCUCGGAACUAUGGAACUCCCCUCCCCCACACAUAAAACAGUCAGACUCCAUCGCAACAUUCAGAUCCAAACUCAAAACCCACCUGUUCAAACUGGCAAACUCAUUCUGACUGGUCGCCGUGCACUGCACUUGGAAUUUGAGUUACACUUAGCAUGCUAACAUGCCAAAGUUAGAUUUUGAACAUGGAAGACAUAUCUCCUAAACAUUAGCAUGUUAGCAGUUAGCUUAACACACAGUCGUUGUGCCUAAGUGCAGUUCAAAGCUGUAAAUGAAGACGUAGAUUCAUAUUUUAUUAAUGCAGUCAAAUAUGUAAAACGUAAAAUCAGUUGGUAAAGCUUGCACCCCCAUGUACAGAGGCUGUGUCCUUGCCACAGUGGCCUAGGAUUUGAACCUGUGCUUCAUGUCAUUCCUCCCCUCUUGCAUCCCAUUUGCUGUCAUGCUUCAGUCGUUCUAUCUGAUUAGAAGAAGGCCCAAAAAUAUUUUGAGGACAUCUCGUGGAACGAUGCAGGUCACAUUUCUCAGUUGGAGAAACACAAAUAUUUGCAUUUUAAAAUCCAUUACAACAAGACAAGUGAAACGUUGGCCUAUAGUCAGUCACUCAGCUUUGGUCUUCUAGCAAAUUUCCUAAACAAGAGGUUGUUUACAUUUAUUCAGGAGAACGUCCCUUAAUUUAGAAAGAUAAAAUGGAGUAUUGCUGCAAACAACGAUGUUGUGAAAUGGAGGUGCACUCAGUGAAAUGACAAAUUAAAAAUGUCUGUUACGUAAUGCUGUUUUCUUGAGGUAAAGGUCGGUCUCAUCUACAGUUCAGCUCCCUUUGGAGUUGUCGUCCAAUUAACAGUGUAUGGCUCUCCGAGGGGUACUGGCAGGAAGACUGAGCAGUCAGUAAUUAGUCUUCUUUCUCCCCAGGACAUGACAGCAGUAUUAGCACAUGGGGCCGUCAGGGAGACGACUAAAAGCUGAACCCACAUCCUUCCUCCCAGAGGGGGCAGGAAUAGGUGCAGUCAUCCUGUCGGGUGAGCUGUCGAGCAUCUGAGUGCUGGGCUGCGGAAAAACAUAGGUGGUGUUAACCAGCUUAUCGCAGAAAAAACCCAAUUUCCCAUUUCGGGAAAGCUUUUAAUGAAUUUUGUGCACCCCAAGCAUUAUCACAGUAAAAUGCAGCCAUCUGUUUUGAGGCCGGAGUGGUUUACACGCAUGUUAUCUCUGAGGAAAUUAAAAUCCUCUGGGAGUUGCUCCCUCUCACUCUCGCUCUCUUGGUCAGGGGUCAGGAUCAGACCCAUUAACUGGGCUCUGAAAGUGAGGCGAUCCAGGGAUUCAAGUCUGAAUCAGGACCCCUGAGCAGAGAGCACACGGGGAGAUUUAACCUGACUCCUGCAGACUCUCCACACACGCUCUGCAGUGGUUUUAUCGGCAUUAAUAUCAUUAUAUACAAACAUACAGCUCUUAAAGAUGUUAAAACAAUGAGACUGACCUGCACCUAUAACUUGUACUUGAGGACUGAACGCACCAAAGCCAGGGAAAUGGUACAAACUAGCGUGACUUUAUUUCACUGUUCAAGCAGCUUCAUUUGACAUCUUCUUUCUGGUUUUCUUGCUUCUGGCAGCAGCUGUUCAUAUCACAGCUGCAGUAAGACAGAACAUACAGACUGUAAAUCUUCCAGCUGAGUGGCAUUUCUCACUAGUCGGCUCUCCUGCAGUGCUGCCGCAAUUGUCCAGUGAACGCACCGUAGUUAUAGCCAAACCCCUAGAUGAGAGAGGAGCUUCAUGCUCAAACUACUGUCUACUGGUUCAUACCGUACCAGGAGAGACUACUGUCACUCAUAGUGAUGUUUGAUGAGCCAAUAAUGAUUUCAGUAAUUAACAAAAUCAAUGGGGUGUGAGAGAAUCAAAACAGAAAUAUAUUUUUCUAUUAUGCUUUUUACUCACACUAGUUUUAAUUUUUUUUAAUUCCUUCUGUGCUACUACACAUUUUACAUUUUUUCAAUCAUUAAUGUUCAUAUUUUCCGUGCAACCUUUCUCUACAUCUUUGCGUGUUGAACAUACCUGGCUAAUGCAGUGUGUGUUACAUCAUUUUCAGGUGUAUCUCUGUGGAGUGUGUUUGCAGCAGAGCCUCUAUAGAUUACGGUGAUCUUAUGGUUGUAAGCCAAAGGUUUCAGUGAUGUUAUGAUUUCUCCAAUCUGCAUUCACAAUGCUUAGUGAGAUAUGUUUAUUAGCCUCGUGGAAAAUUCUUUUUGUGCCUCGACACAGACAGCCACAACAUUACAACAAUUGCAAUCAAAGACAGACAUUUGAGAAAGUGCUUCACAACAUCACAAACAAAAAAGAAUACUUACACCAAACUGCAAGCCACAUAACUCAUAUCACAAAGAUUUUUUUUUUUUUGUUAACAGAGCUAUAAUUAAAGGUCCUGUACCUCCGGCCUGAGUAACAACUCAUAUUCACCGUGGAGAGGGUGUGAUACAUCAUUGACGUGGCCCCUUCAUUUCUCUGCCACUCAGGUCUCACAAAGCAGUGACAUAACAGCUCCAGUGGAAACAUCGGGUGAGUCACUCCACCGAUGCUGACCCAAGCUGGACGUGAGACACAUCGGGCGAAAUGGGGAAACAGGCUUUUAAGCACUUGUGACAAAUUCUUCAGGACUCCAGAGCGCGGCUGUUGGUUCAGCCGAGCCAGAACAUAUUUCGUUCCUGUGGAGAUGAAGACAGGCUGUCUGGCUCCAGUCCAAAACCUUCCUGCAAUAGUAGAUCCACGCUGACACUCCUCUGCACAGAUAUGAAACAAAAUAGGACAGAAGCAAAAAUACUCAAACCAUCAAAGCAAACCUGAGAUGCAUGUUAUAUUUUCUUGAAGAAGAACCACUCUCCCGUCAAACUGAUUUAAAUCUCUAUUCUUUUUUUUUUGGUCUUUGCUAAUCAUACUGUAUUUUUAAUUAAAUGUUACCAUUGUCCCGUUAUUUUGUACAGCUGUCUUACAGGAAAACACAGAAACAUUUUGGAUUUGGUUGGCAGAUAUUCCAAAUCAAGAGACUUUGAUCAAAGCCAGUUUAACUGAGCUCUUAGCAAGGAAUGUGAACUUCAAACAGAUGCUCUGGCGUCAGUUGACCUUUCCAGAAACCCAUUUGUGCCUAUAGCAAUCUGAAACGUGACAUAGAUAUGACUGAAUUUUCAUUAUUGGGCGAGCUUUUCCUUUAAACACAGGAAGUGGGGUUCAUGUGGAUGAAUGUAUAGCCUGCAUGUCAGUGUAGUUAUGUCAGUGGGCUAUUUACUACAUGCGGGAUUUAUAGAAGGAUGAUGUACAUGUUAAAGCACAAUUUGUGUAUUUGAAAGAAGACCUGUUUUGUGUAUGUUUUUUCCUUUCCUUCUGUGUUUUAUGUUCUUGUGAACAACACCACAUCUGUAAUCGUCCUCUUUGCCCUCUUUCACAUCAGGACUCAGUUUGACCUCCAUCACCUCCUCGGUCACUUCGCCUCCAACUUAAAGCACUCAGCCAGAAAUCUUGGUGUUUUAUUUGACUCAGAUUUCAAAGAUUGUCCAGUCAUGUCUCGCCUUGACUACUGUAACUCCCUGUGUACGUCUUUUUAAAAAUCCCUCCAUCUUAUACAAAAUGCAGCAGUUUGUGUUUUAACAGGUUCAUAAACUGAGACCACAUUGCACCAAUCUUAGCAUCUUUACUUUGGUGACUAGUUUUUUUAAUCACUUAAAAAAUGACCCUGUCUUGUUUGGCACCUCCAUUUGUCGCAUGUUUUUUAAAAUAUAUUGCAUGUAUGUGAUGCAUAGUAUGUACCUCUGUUUUUAUAUUAAUUAUAUGAAUAGCGUUCUUAUUAUUUAUUCAUUGUUCAUCAUACCUCUCUCCCACAUAAAACACUGC